AUGGCAGAACAACCCAUCGAAGGCGCCGCACCGAGCCUGCUCGUCUUGGGACCCGUCAGCGCCCUCAUCUUUGGCUUCACGUCCGGCCUCGUCUCGUCCAGCAAGCUCGCGUCGAAGCAGUUCCUCGCAGAGAACGCACACAGGCUGCCGACGACCGUGCAGGGCUGGUAUUUCUACCAGAAGACCAAGAACUAUCGCGUCCUAUUCGCCGGACUCAAGGGCGGUCUCAAGACGGGCGCACGGCUAGGGCUGUGGACAGGCGCCUUCCUCGGACUCGAACAAGCGGUCGACGCGGGUCUGCGGCAGGGACUCGUGCUUGCUGGGCGGAGAGCGGACGAGGUGCGGACGACGUGGGCGGCGGGAGGAGCUGCGGGAAUGGGAAUGGCUGGAGCAGCGAAUUGGUUCUACCGAUUAUCACGCGCUUCGUCGGGUCGACGGUACUUCUAUGGGCUUGCGCUGGGCGCUCUUGCCGGAGGAACGGUCGAUGUACGAGAUUGGAUGAAGGAGCGGUUAGCAAAGGAGGCGUGA